GCACUGAUGGGUGACACUGAAAGGCAGCUCAGAUGGGCACUGAUAUGUGGCAUUGAUGUGCACUGGUAGGCACUGAAAUGUGGCAUUGAUGUGGCACUGAUGGGCACUGGCAGGUGGCACUGAUGAGCACUGACAGCUGGCACUGAUGGACACUGACAGGUGGCACUGCUGGGGCUACACAGAUCAUCAGGGCACACUGAUCAUCAGUGCCCUGCGUCUCUCCUCUCGAGCUGUCAGCAUGACAAUUUGGCCAGCA